UUUACAAAAUUACAGUUUGUGAGCUUUUCCCUGUUUUGUCUCUUGAUGAGUUUGAGAGGUUGAGCGUCACUGCGUGGAUGUGCUCGGCUUCCCAUGACUCAUUCAACAUUCAUGCUCAUCCGCUGGGUAGGGAACAGCACAAGAAAUUAUUAUAAAAAUGCGUCGGAACUGCACUCCGCGUUGGCUUUCCAGCGCUUUGGAGAAAGAAACGAGGAUUCGAAGUUUGCUGCUCUGGACGAAAGUGAAGCACGCUACAUUGCCGAGUUGUGGAGUAAGCCUGCCAGAAGUAGAGGAGCGCAGGAGAGAAAGUUGUUAUCCUGGCAGGUAGAAUGUGACUGAACCAGUGCAAUGGGCAACAAACUGUGCGUCAGUGCGGGCGAUGAGACUUGCAUGCGUGUGAAAUCAUUCCCUCUUGGCUGUCAGUUGCCUGAUGUAGAAGUAGGGAUUCACCCAGGUCGAAUGGGGAUGACAGAUCUCCACGUUGAGAGGAUACAGAUGUGGAACGAGCUUACCACAAGGCAGGCAUGUCGGUUUUGCAAGAGCACCGAGCAACGUCUACUCAGCACCCAUCGUGAUGUCUGUACUAAGAGACAGUGCAAGGAGCGCAAUGCCUCUGCUUGCUCUAAGCGUCUUCCUUGUGGAGACUGGUGUGGAGGAAUUGCUGGAGAGGAGAAGUGCCUGCCAUGCCUGCAGAGUCCAUGUUGCGGCGACAGCAACCAGGCAUCAGCCACUGCCGCUGCCCCUGCCGCCACUUCCACCGCCAACACCACUGUCUGCAGCAGCAGCAUCACUGGUAGCAGUACCGAUGACAACACCUGUUGCAACAACAACGGUGCUAAUGGUGCCGUGAUUGAAGUGGCACGAGCAGUUCAUUACACUGCCGACGAUACAUGUGCCAUUUGCUAUACAGACACGCUAGGCGAGGCUCCAGCUAUUCAGCUUUCCUGUGGACACAUCUUUCAUAAGCAUUGCUGCGACACGCUGCUGGAAAAGCAGUGGAGUGGCCCCAGGAUCAGCUUCCAGUUCCUGAAAUGUCCCAGCUGCGAGGAUUGCUUCAUGGAGCAUCCAUCACUGGAUACGCGCACUAUUCCUAUGGUCGGAUUGUUCAAGAGGGUGAAGGAGAAAGCACUGCUUCGGUUGGAAGUUGACAAGGAACUGGAAAACGAGGCCAUCACCAAUCCAUGCAGCGAGUUCUACCAGAAGCCGGCUGAGUAUGCCAUGAAGCGCUAUGCGUACUACCUCUGCCACGACUGUGAGAGGCCUUACUUCGGCGGUGAUGCUCAGUGUGCAGUACAAGUUGUCGGAGCAGAGUUUGACCCACAGGAACUUAUGUGUGGCCACUGCUCCAACGUCCGAGGUGUGGAGGUGUGUCCGAAGCAUGGAACGGACUUCAUAGCGUACAAAUGUCGCUACUGCUGCACUCUCGCAGUCUACUUCUGCUGGGGAACAACUCAUUUCUGUCCAAUAUGUCAUGACGUGAAUGGUGGGGAACUGCGCUACCAAACCAAAUUUCCCUCCUGCCCUGUAGGGCCCACGUGUAAGAAGCUGGAAGGAGUGCCGUGUCCGCUUGGAAUCAAGCACCCUCCAACGGGCGAGGAGUUUGCCAUUGGCUGUGUGGUGUGCUUGGAUUUGCCACGAUGCUAGGGUCACCCCAGCUCAGUUGUGUGCCUAAUCAUCAAUCCCAUCACCAGGCCUACUUGAAUACUUCUGUGCACUGUUCUUUAGUCAUGUAGACCAGGCUGGACUUGGCUAUGGAAAAUGCAAAAGGAACGAGAGUAACAAACUACUUUCACACACUUCGUCUUGAAUUUCUCUGUAUGAGAGUGGCUCAUCGUACGGUAUACCCCGCUAACAAAGGCUGCACUCUAUUCACCCAUAUGUUUUACGGUCGCAAGUUUUCAUUGCCCAGUCUAAUGCACUUACAUUGCACAUCAAGUGGCAACACUUUGCCUCAUAUUCUCAAUAGUUUCUCCUUGCUGCAAGUAAUUUUUUGGAGACUCAGUCUUGAUAAAUUAUGCUACUCCACAGAGGAAUCCAUGCCAUGUAUUUGCUUACUAGACCAUUUUUACUUUACUAGCUUAGCCGGCUGCUGAUGCUUUUGCUGCCACCAAUGUAGAUGCUCAAUAUUUUCGGCCCUGGUAUGAGCUAGGGCAAAGGCCAGGUUAGGUGAACGGAAAUUUUAGGAAUAGAGAAGCAGUUCAAUAUUGGAUUAUGUGUGUUAGGGUUUGUUCGGUGUAUUGACAUUUUAGGUAUGAAAGUAAAAUUAGUUUAGUUGAAACAGAUGCACCGAAAGUACCGAAAAUUUGUGAAAUAAAGUAGCAAUAGUGGUUGCGACUA